GUACGUAAUAAUGUCACCGUUCCAAAAGGUGUACGUGACAAACGUAGACACUGAAACGCCUCGAAACUGAUGUAAAUAUUCCGAACCCUCACUGUGCGCAAUAGAUGUAAAGGUUCCGAACAGCCGCAGCGUAUUAACGUAUCGUAUGAAAUUGGAAGGAAUCGAAGCACCGUUAUUACGAGGCGGCGAGGCGCUGUGUCGCACGGACAACGGGCGCACGCGGGUCCCGCCCUCCUUCCCUGUCUGUCCCUCGUGACGCGGACAGGUGAUGUCUCGUGGGCUCGGCUGCCGGCGCUCGGUUCUUCUGGCUCUUCGUUCUUCUUGUGGUUUCGCGGCGCCACGGUGGUCGGUUCCGCCCGCCUUCGCUUCGUUCGUGACACCGCACAGCUGACAGCGCGGAGUUCGAGUGCUGCUGACGGACUCUUAAUGGCUUUGUGUCUCUGAGUGUGUGACUGUGUGUGUGUGAGAAUAUUAUCGUUGCGACAAAAUCGCUGACAACAUGACUGUGGAGGAGAUCAUCAAUGUCAAGGAGGUAGAGAUCAUCAAACUGAUCUUGGACUUCCUCAACUCGCGCAAACUGCACAUCACCAUGCUGGCCCUGGAGAGGGAGAGCGGGGUCAUCAAUGGCCUCUACUCGGAUGAUAUGCUCUUUCUGAGGCAGUUGAUACUAGAUGGCCAGUGGGAUGAAGUCCUUCAGUUUAUCCAGCCUUUGGAAUGCAUGGAAACAUUUGACAAAAAGAGGUUCCACUACAUUAUCCUAAGGCAGAAGUUUUUAGAGGUUCUCUGUGUGAACAACGCCAUGUCGGCAGAGGACGAGCCUCAGCAUCUCCAGCUGGAGCUCACUAUGAAGGAGGCGGUCCGUUGCCUCCACUCCCUGGAGGAGUUCUGCCCAUCUAAAGAGGACUACAGCCAGUUAUGCCUGCUGCUCACGCUUCCCCGGCUCACCCAGCAUGCCGAGUUCCGGGAUUGGAGCCCCAUCACAGCACGUGCCCAUUGCUUUGAGGAGGCCUGCUCCAUGGUGGCCGAGUUCAUCCCGGCCAACCGCAAGCUGAGCGAGGCUGGCUUCCGAGCCAGCCGCGACCGCCUCUUCCAGCUGCUCAUCAAAGGUGUACUGUACGAGUGCUGCGUGGAGUUCUGCCAGAGCCGGGCCACAGGCGAGGAAAUCACAGAGAGCGAGGUGCUGCUGGAUCUCGACUUGCUCUGCGGCAAUGGCUGCGAUGACCUGGACCUCAGCCUGCUCUCCUGGCUGCAGAGCCUGUCACCCGCCGUCUUCUCCUGCGCCUUCCAGCAAAAGUUGCUCAGCAUCCAAGUGGACAAGCUUGUGAAACCAGCCAAGGCGGCCCACACCGACCUCAUCACACCCCUUAUUAGCAAGCUUUCCCCUUCCCCUGCCUCGCCCGUUCGCCGGCCACAGUCCGCCGAUACUUACAUGUCAAGGUCCCUCAACCCACCACUGGAUGGUCUUUCCGGCGGCCUGUCCACUCAGGAAAAACGAAUGGUUGACCUCGACAAGACCUCGCCCAUGUCCCGAUCCCUUGCCAGCUUCCAGAGCUCCAGUGGACCCAGCCUGACUUGCAGUGUGAUGACAGAGGCCACAGGCUGCCAGAGCACGUUCCAUAAGUCUCCGGACAGGGUGCACGCACCAGCUGACAGGAUCAUGGGUGCUGGAGCACCCCACUUUCUGAAAUCAGCUUCAGCUCUAAGUGGAGGCGAGGCCUUGUUUCCAGGGUCUGCUGAGAAGGAUGAGCCGCGGGAUACAACAGACCAGUUUCAGGAGUACUGUCGCCAGCGUCAGCGUGUACAGCAGCAUCUUCAGCAGAAGGAACAGCAAAGGCAGCUCUACAUGCAGAUGCUCCUGGAAGGUGGGGUCCACCAUGAAGAGGGUGCUAAGGCCCAGCAGAACCUCACCGAGAAGUUCCUCAACAGGUCCAUUCGGAAGCUGGAGGAGCUGAAUGUCGGAAUUGAUCACUUAGGGGAGGAGAUGCAGUCUCUGAACCAGCAGUCUACUGGGAGGCCAGGGGGCUCAGGGCACACCUCAGGAACCCAUAGUAAUCAGAUGCAGGAGGCGGGGCCAGUGAGACAAGGUCCAGAAGUUGUGAGCAGUAUGACCCAAAGUGGAGAAGCCCACACAAGGUCCACCCUGAACAAGACUCCAGUACUCAUCUCUCAGAGUUUACAGAAGGACAGAGCAAUCAACCCCACUGGCCUGAAUGACUCUGGCUGUUUUUUGACCUCCAAAAGGGUGGAGGAGGGGGACAAUUCCAAACCUUUGUUUAUGGCGGUCAGCAGACUUGAGGACACUCAGGCGGUGCGCGCCGUGGCUUUUCACCCUACCGGAGAGCUCUUUGCAGUGGGCUCAAAUUCCAAAGUCCUGCGUGUCUGUGCCUACCCUGAUGUUGUCGACACCAGGUGUGAGGAUUUUGCCAGUGACUCAGGUGACAUCAAGCCACCCAUUGUCCACUUCAAGAGGAACAAGCAUCAUAAGGGCUCCAUCUACUGUGUGGCCUGGAGUCACUGUGGGCAGCUCUUGGCGACCGGCUCCAAUGACAAGUACGUCAAAGUGCUGCCCUUCAACAUGGAGUCCUACAAUGCUACGGGCCCAGACCUGGAAUUCAGCAUGCACGAUGGCACUGUGAGGGAUGUGGCCUUUAUGGAGGGUCCAGAGAGUGGAGGCGCCAUCCUGAUCAGUGCAGGUGCUGGUGACUGCAACAUCUACACCACCGACUGCCGCAGGGGGCAAGGUCUGCACGCACUCAGUGGACACACAGGACACAUCCUGUCCCUGUAUACCUGGGGCGGGUGGAUGAUCGCAUCAGGCUCCCAGGACAAAACCGUGCGCUUCUGGGACCUCCGGAUCCCCAGCUGUGUGAGGGUGGUGGGGACAUCAUUACACGGCACAGGUAGUGCAGUGGCCUCUGUUGCGGUGGACCCCAGCGCACGGCUUCUGGCCACGGGGCAGGAGGACAGCAGCUGCAUGCUGUACGACAUCCGGGGGGGGCGCAUGGUGCAGACGUAUCGCCCUCACAGCAGCGACGUGCGCUCGGUGCGCUUUUCCCCCGGGGCACACUACCUUCUCACGGGCUCCUACGACAGCAAAGUCAAAGUCACUGAUCUCCAAGGAGACCUGACAAAACCGCUUCCGGUCAUGACAGCAGCCGAACACGGGGACAAAGUGAUCCAGUGCAGAUGGCACACGCAAGACCUGUGCUUCCUGUCAUCCUCGGCAGAUAGAACUGUCACACUCUGGACCUACAAUCCUUAGUGCCAUAUGGUGCUGUGUUGGGCCUCUGGAGUAAGAAGAAGCACACACCCUACCCACCCUGUCACCACCAACACCCUGCAGCGCUCCAGCGAUACUAAACAAAUGGCAAAAGUAAUGUCGUCAUCUCACACUUGUCAGUAUUCUUACCUUUUCCACAUGAUAUUCAACCCCUCUUUUCCUCAAACAAGUUUAUGUGACAAAUCUGAUAAUGUUGUCCAUUUGAAUCAUAACACACUGGCUCCUCAACAUGUCAGACAAAAUUGGGACCGUACAUCUGUUUGUGAUUCGUUUUGUUUGUAACUCCAAAGUCACAUUUAACAGAAAGUAAAAAUUUAAUAUGCAUAUGUCGCUCUUUAAUGUAUCAAGCUUAGUAAAAAUCUGAGCUACAGUUACAAUAAAUAAAAACAUGAUGUAUACCUUUUUAGUAUAUUUCUUAACUUUGAGACACAUUAAAAUGAAAACUAAUUUAAAAUGACUGAAAAUAAAAAUACUCCUGUUCAGUGGCAAUUGUUGACUGAUGCAUCCCACAAAAAUGUGGAACAUCUGCCUUGAUACUGGCCAAACAACACUUUUGAACAUCAGACACCAGCUGUAAACACUGUGAAAGUGAGUUGGAGAUAAACACAAGUCGUUUUCACUCCACAGACAGAAACUCAUAAGGAGGCAAAUACUUCUAUACAUUUUAAAUAUAAUUUAAAAGAAAUAAAUGUACUAGUGUUUUCCAUUGUAUUUGAAGGUUUGUACCAUGACUGUUUUGUAUCAUGAGGAGCCUGUGUAAUCAUGUUGUGCCUUGGUAAAACACUUAAUGGCUUUAUGGAUGUGAGUAAAUAUGAAUGAAUAAUCAAAUGUGGUUGUUUGUAGUGUUUUUAAACUUUAGUGAAAUAUCAUAAAGACAGACAUAUGAGAUAAGGUAUAUAUGUAGCACAAUUUUUCUGCUUUAUUGUGCUGAUUGAUUUAUUAUUCAUUGUGUUAUUUGUUAUGCCAAACAGUCAGUAAAAUCCGGUCUGUCAAAUUAUAGUCAAGAACUAUUAUAAUCCCUGGAACUUUCAGUCUUCAGGGGGGGGGCGCGGGGGC